AUGUUGUUCAAUCAGAUCUCGACGUUUUCGGUUCUCGCGUUUGCGGCAACAUCCUUUGCCGCAUCAUGCGUCCCAAACAAAACAUGUUCGAACCUUCCUAGGGCAACUGUUACCAGCUGCUCUUCCGCCAUCUCUGCGAAGAAAUUAAAAUACUCGACUUGCACCGUCUGGAAGACAGUUACUCCUGCAAAGGUUACCAAGACCGUGACCAUUAACCAGCCCAAGGUCACCGUCAUCGACAACAAAGUUUUGACCAAUACCGUCGAUGAGACUGGUACCGUAUCCGUCUUCUCUACCCUUACGGAGUAUAGCACCACUGUGUAUCUCGACGAGAUGUCGGAGGCUGUUACAGAAACGGCGACCGAGACUUUCGAGGAAACUGCCACCGAAACCGAAACCAGUAUCAUUUUCAACUAUGGUUUCGCUCUUAAGAAGCGUGUCGCUCCUUGCACAACCGUGGCGAAGCAAUGCUCCUGCUUGCUCACGAGGACAAAGACAAAUACUUUGACCGCAAAAGCACCGACAACUUACAAAACAAAGACAAUGCCGCGUGAAACUGUCACCAGAGCCUCCACUGCUACCGUGAGCGUUACUGUUAUCACUUUCUAUACUACUGUUGUUUACGACACUGCUACCUCGGUUGAGUCUCAAUACAGCACGGCUACAAUCACUGCAACGGCAACUGUACAAGAGUCUGUAACCAACACUGAUACCAUUACCGCUACUGUUUCGGAGACUUUGUAUACUUGCGUGGAUCCAAACCGUGCUAGAUGCGGUAACUACUGCUACAGAACCCAAAUUGAUUGGUAUAAUUGCGGUGGAUGUGGACAAAGGUGCAACAACGGCCAAAUCUGUAACGGCGGUCGAUGCAUUUCUUAA